AUGGCAAUCGACGAUCUCUCAACCAUCGAUGCCUCUAAAGAGAACUGGUGUAUUGUCGCAAAGGUGAACCGGUUGUGGCUUAGUCCAAGCCUAUAUGGAUCCAAGCUUCCAUUUUCCAUGGACAUGAUACUCAUGGAUGAGAAGGGUUGUAAAAUACAUGCUUCCGUUCGGAAGACUCUGAUAUACCGAUUCCAAUCUUUACUAAGUGAGGGUCGUGUAUAUCAGAUUUCGUUCUUCGGCGUUGGAGAAAGCGGUCGUGAUUUCCGACCGACCUCGCAUCCUUUCAAAAUUAACUUUGAUAUUCAUACAUCUGUGCGCUUGGUUCCCAACAAGACCAUUGACUUGAGCCCGUACAAUUUUGUACCAAUAUCUGAUAUAAUGUUCAAGGAUCUUGAUACGUCUUUUCUGAUAGCAAAUGUUGAAAAAGCAAAAAAAGUUCAGGCCUCAUCACCAUGGGACUUUUAUUGUGAAUUGGAAUUGGGGAUGAGUGGCUUGGUUGAGUUUUGUUCUACAAUUAAAAACCAAAGAAGAGAUACGAGGAAGGAGAGGAUAGUUCAGAUUCGUUCAUGA